AUGGUCGACUCAGCUAAUAGCUUGAUCAUCAGCACACCCCCAGCAGAAACACAACAACAGCAUCAUGAGCGCCAAGCUGCAGAAUUGGUGAUGCAGGGCUUCAGCAAGUUGUUCAUAAAGUGUGCUCCAAUUACAAUAACCGACCAGCCACAGGAAACGACGCGACGAGAGACUAGGUCGAUGUCAAGCAAGCUCAUCAACACAAAGAGGGAGCUACUAGAACGCUUGCAGACCACUCUUCUGCCUCGACUCCAGGGGCAAAUGGAGCAUCUUUCGGAGCUCUUCCUCAUCCGACAGUUGAGCGAUCUCCAGCCAGAUUUACUCAUCCAAAGGCAAUCCGAGCUUGAUCAGAGCUUGGAUGAAAUCCAAGCGGCCAGAACAACCUUGGCUCAAGAGCCAUCUGCAAGCUUGAUGAAUAGCGAUUCAGAGCUCGAAGGGAUCAAGCGGUAUAGACUCUCGAUCCUUACCCGGCUCUUGGCCGUCGAACUCUUCUCCGUCCUCCGGGAUCAAUGCCAGGUCUCUUGCAAAACCAUCCAACUAUUUCUGACUAACGCAGCUAGAGGAAAUCCGGGCCCACUCGGGGGCGCUUUCCUACACCAGGUGGUAUCAGCCAUUCGGCUCCGGGUGUUCAAGUCGAUCAGCCACGCACUCGAUCGCUCUGAUUUCUGCAUUCUCCAAUGGCGUUGGCCCGCCGGCUUCCCGGUGAUCGAGCAACACUUACAUCAACACUUGAGGCUCAUCAAAAGACAGGAAGACUGCUGGCUCGUCCAUGAUCCUGUGUCUAGUGACGAGCCUGCAACCGAUUCUCUAGUUCCGCUGCAAAGAGCAAUCGUGGCGCUCCUCAAGCUCGCUCGAUUGUUCUACAAGAAGCUGUCUUCUGAGCGAGGCAUCGGAAGACUAGAACGCUUCAUGCCCCGGUUCUCUGGCUUGAGUUCUGCUCAAUUGGCCACUCUCGGCGAAUCGCCAAAUCGGUUUUUCGCCCAACUCACAGCUUUGUACGAGCUUACACACGACGACUCUUCUUCCGAAGCCGAACGGGAUGAAGAAGAAGAAGACCCGGAUUCGAUUUACCAUCUGUCUCACCUCAUCAGACAGAUACAAUCCAACUUCAGUGAUGCAUUGCGCAUCGUAGAAUACUUUAUCACUCUUCUUCCUGUCUCAGCAGCAGGCUCAGCCUCAUCAUCAGACACCGACAGCCAUCAAACUCAGUGUUAUUUCAGGACUUGGUUCGAAAAUUGGAACUCUUCGUUCACAUUGGCCAUCCAUAACCUCAAUGUCAUUGUAAACGCCUUCAUUGCGUCUGCAGAGUCUGGCUCAACGUAGACUCAUCCCUGCAUUCGAUUUUCUUGAGAGGCCAUCGGAUUUGCACUCG